AUUUUGGUUUCAGCCAUGAAAACAGGAAAUCAAAGUUUUGGGACAGAUUUUCUACUUGUUGGUCUUUUCCAAUAUGGCCAGAUAAACGCUCUUCUCUUUGUCGUCAUUGCCACCCUCUUUACAGUGGCUCUGACAGGAAAUAUCAUGCUGAUCCACCUCAUUUGAUUGGACACCAGACUCCACACUCCAAUGUACUUUCUGCUCAGUCAGCUGUCCAUCAUUGACCUCAUGUACGUCUCCACCACAGUGCCCAAGAUGGCAAUCAACUUCCUCUCACAGAGUAAGACCGUUACUUUUUUGGGCUGUGAGAUUCAAACGUAUGUGUUCUUGGCCUUUGGUGGAACUGAAGCCCUUCUCCUUGGUUUUAUGUCUUACGAUCGCUAUGUAGCUAUCUGUCAUACUUUACAUUAUCCGAUACUUAUGAGCAAGAAUAUCUGCUGCCUCAUGGUUGCAUGUGCAUGGGCCAGUGGUUCUAUCAAUGCUUUCAUACAUACAUUGUAUGUGUUUCAACUUCCAUUCUGUAGGUCUCGGCUCAUAAACCACUUUUUCUGUGAAGUUCCAGCCCUACUAUCAUUGGUGUGUCAGGACACCUCACAUUAUGAGUAUACAGUCCUCCUGAGUGGACUUACUAUUCUGCUGCUACCAUUCCUGGUCAUUCUGGCUUCCUAUGCUCGUGUGCUUAUUGUGGUAUUCCAGAUGAGCUCGGGAAAAGGACAGGCAAAAGCUGUUUCCACUUGUUCCUCCCACCUGAUUGUGGCAAGCCUGUUCUAUGCAACCACUCUCUUUACAUACACAAGGCCACACUCCUUGCAUUCCCCUUCACAGGACAAGGCGGUGGCAGUAGUUUACACCAUUGUCACACCUCUACUGAACCCAUUUAUCUACAGCCUGAGAAAUAAGGAAGUCACGGGGGCAGUGAGGAGACUGUUGGGAUAAUGGAUAUGCUGCAGAAAAUAUGACUUCAGAUCUCUGUAUUCAUUGAGGAUUAACAACAUAAAAAACUGUUCCUGA